AUGCCAGUCGCCGAGAGGACACCCCAAACCCUCUACGAUAAGGUCUUUCAGGCCCACAUUGUCGACGAGAAGCUCGACGGCACCAUCCUUCUCUACAUCGACCGCCAUCUCGUGCAUGAAGUCACAUCACCACAAGCAUUCGAAGGAUUAGAAGUCGCCGGGCGCAAAGUCCGGAGACCGGACUGCACCCUUGCCACAACUGAUCAUAAUGUGCCGACAACCUCCAGGAAAAGUCUCAAAGACAUCGCAAGCUUCAUUCAGGAAGACGAUUCCCGGACUCAGUGCGUGACACUGGAAGAAAAUGUCAAAAAGUUUGGCAUCACAUACUUUGGUCUGAGCGACAAGAGGCAAGGUAUUGUCCACGUCAUCGGACCCGAGCAAGGCUUCACCCUCCCCGGUACGACAGUUGUGUGCGGUGACAGCCACACGUCGACCCAUGGCGCAUUCGGCGCCCUCGCCUUCGGUAUCGGCACCAGCGAGGUAGAGCACGUUCUUGCCACACAGUGCCUGAUUACCAAGCGCAGUAAGAACAUGAGGAUACAAGUCGACGGCGAGCUUGCGCCGGGGGUCAGCUCCAAGGACGUGAUCCUCCAUGCCAUUGGCAAGAUUGGCACCGCCGGCGGUACGGGUGCCGUCAUCGAAUUCUGCGGCUCCGUGAUCCGCAGCCUCAGCAUGGAGGCGCGUAUGUCCAUCUGCAACAUGUCGAUCGAGGCUGGUGCGAGGGCUGGAAUGGUUGCGCCCGACGAGAUCACCUUUGAAUACCUCAAAGGAAGGCCGUUAGCCCCCAAGUACGGCUCUGAGGAGUGGAACAGGGCUGUCGCGUACUGGGAGUCACUCAAGUCCGACCCGGAUGCAAAGUACGACAUUGACGUCUUCAUCGACGCUAAGGAUAUCAUUCCUACCGUCACCUGGGGUACAAGCCCGGAGGAUGUUGUGCCGAUCACUGGUAGCGUGCCCGACCCCGAGACCUUUCCUACCGAGGCCAAGAAGGUGGCCGGCCGACGGAUGCUUGAGUACAUGGGCCUCACACCCGGAACGCCUAUGGAGGAUAUCGUGGUUGACAAGGUCUUUAUCGGCUCCUGCACCAACUCCAGAAUUGAGGAUCUUCGCGCUGCCGCUCAAGUGGUCAAGGGUAGGAAGGUGGCGCCGAAUAUCAAGCGCGCCAUGAUCGUGCCCGGAUCCGGCCUCGUCAAGGAGCAGGCGGAGAGAGAAGGCUUGGACAAGGUGUUCACCGACGCAGGCUUCGAAUGGCGGGAAGCGGGCUGCAGCAUGUGUUUGGGCAUGAACCCGGAUAUUUUGUCUCCCAAGGAGAGAUGCGCCAGCACCAGCAACCGGAAUUUUGAGGGCCGUCAGGGCGCCCAAGGCCGGACCCACCUUAUGUCGCCCGUAAUGGCGGCAGCCGCCGCCAUUGUGGGCAAGCUUGCCGACGUAAGGAAGCUGGCGCAAUUCCAGGGCAGCCCCCACAUCGAAGCCGCUGUUGCUCCCGAGCCCACAUCCGGCAAGGCGCACGCCGAUGAGAGGAUCGAGACUGACGACACGGAGAAGGAACACCUCACGGACCAGCCUGAGGAUUCCUCGCCGCAGGUCAACACGUCGAUUCUCCGUGGCGGUGCCGCUGGCCUUCCGAAAUUCACCAUUCUUAGGGGCAUCGCCGCGCCCAUGGAAAAACCCAACAUUGACACGGAUGCAAUCAUCCCCAAGCAAUUCCUCAAGACGAUUAAGCGGACAGGGCUUGGCAGUGCCCUGUUCUAUGAGAUGCGGUACCUCGAAAACGGCCAGGAGAACCCUGACUUUGUCCUCAACAAGGAGCCUUACCGCAAGGCCAAAAUCAUUGUCUGCACCGGCGCCAACUUUGGCUGCGGCAGCUCGCGCGAGCACGCCCCCUGGGCACUGAACGAUUUCGGAGUCAAGAGCGUCAUCGCGCCGUCGUUUGCAGACAUCUUCUUCAACAACUCGUUCAAGAACGGCAUGCUGCCCAUUCCGAUCCGGAACAAGGACGAUUUGGAAAAGGUGCACGCCGAGGCGGUGGCGGGCAGGGAGAUUGAGAUUGACCUGCCGAACCAGCUCAUCAAGGAUCAAGAUGGCAACACGCUCUGCGCGUUUGAGGUGGAGGAGUUCAGGAAGCACUGCCUGGUCAACGGGCUGGACGAUAUCGGCUUGACGAUGCAGCUCGAGGACAAGAUUGCGGAGUUUGAGAAGAAGAUGUCGAGGGAAACGCCUUGGCUCGACGGGACGGGCUAUCUUAAGCGCAAGGGCAUGGGCGGUAAACUGGCCGUCAAGGCGGCGCCUCUGCCCAAGACGAACCGCGGUGACGUGAAGACCGAGCCGCUGGAGUGGUAA